CUCACACGGAAGGAGAGGGAGAGUAUCGGCUCUCCGCAAGCCGUGCAGUCAAGCUCUGCUCUGGAGAGGAUGGCAGCAUUACUUUACAACUGAAGGAGAGACGGAGGAAAAGAGAAAUGAGGAACAAACUCAAACUCGUGCAUCUUUUUCGCCGUUAAUCAGUUGCCAUGCGUGUUCACGCGGACAGGAAAUCCAGAAUGGGUUCCGGGAUUAACCUCUGCACUUGGUAGAGCGACCCAGAAGUUCACGUCCGUUUGCACAGCAUCUCACAGCCUGGCAAAUUCCAUAAUGUAAAUAUAUCUUGGCCUUUUUUCUUUUCAUUAAACCUUCAGCUUUGGGCCAUGAACCUUAGAGGAUCUACCCGGACCGCUAUUUCCUCAGUUUGGAUUUAGAUUCCUCUUUUACUGGGACUACUCCACGGGCCUGCAGCGGUGGCUAGUUGUGGCGGCUGCCGCGGCGGGAGCGGGAGGACCUUACAACUUUGGAACACGGGGAUAACUUUACAAAAGCACGCACCACCAUGAGGAUAUCUACCACCUCCUGCCUCUGUCCCUUUCUGGUCUGCCUCUGUUUCAUCCAGAGGUGCUGCGGGGUGAGCCACCACGGCCCCGCCAAAGUGCCCUCCAAGAACCAGACCAAACUGGCCAACGGGGAGACGGAGGUGCACCACAGGCCGAAGCGAGGCUGGAUCUGGAACCAGUUCUUUGUUUUAGAAGAACAUUUGGGACCAGAAGCACAGUAUGUGGGAAAGCUUCACUCAAACUCGGAUAAAGGCGAUGGAUCUGUCCGGUACAUUCUGAGCGGGGACGGAGCUGGGAAUAUAUUUAUCAUCGACGAAGUGACAGGAGAUAUUCAUGCCACUAAGAGUCUGGAUCGCGAGAGGAAAGCACAUUAUGUCCUGCAUGCACAAGCCUUGGACCGCAACACAGAGGAGGCGCUGGAACCAAAGUCGGAAUUCAUCAUCAAAGUACAAGACAUCAAUGACAAUGCACCCAAAUUUCCAGAUGGACCCUUUGUAGCGACGGUGCCUGAGAUGUCUGAACUGGGCACUUCUGUGUUGCAAAUCACAGCGUCUGAUGCAGACGACCCCACCUAUGGAAACAGUGCCAGAAUAGUCUACAGUAUUCUACAAGGACAGCCAUAUUUCUCCGUCGACCCCAAAACAGGAAUCAUCAGGACUGCCUUAUCUGAAAUGGACCGGGAAGCCAGAGAACACUACACCGUUGUUAUCCAAGCCAAAGACAUGGCGGGCCAGGUCGGAGGCCUCUCCGGCUCCACCACCAUCAACAUCACUCUGACAGACGUCAACGACAACCCGCCCAUGUUUCCCCAAAAAAAUUACCAACUGUACGUCCCUGAAUCAGCUCAAGUAGGGAAACCGGUGGGGAAGAUCAAAGCCAAUGAUGAGGACCUUGGCAUCAAUGCAGACAUCAAGUACAGCAUCAUUAACUCAGAGGGGGCCAACACGUUCUCCAUAGCCACGGAAAGGGACACGAGAGAGGGCAUCAUCAGCCUCAAAAAGCCUCUGAACUACGAGAGAAAGAAGACCUACACUCUCCACAUCGAGGGCACCAAUACACAUGUGGAUCCUCGUUUUUCCUAUCUUGGCUCUUUCAAAGACACUGCCACCCUUAAAAUCACCGUUGGGGAUGUGGACGAAGCCCCAGUCUUUUCUAUAGACCAUUACAUCAUGGACGUAUAUGAGAACUCUCCUAGUAGCACAGAGGUGGGCGUGGUAACGGCUCGAGACCCUGACAGCAGGAACAGUCCUGUCAGGUACAUCCUGGACAGCAAAGAGGAAGGACUGAGGUACUUCAGAAUCGAUGAAAGCAGUGGACUUAUACGGACGACGCAGCCUCUGGACAGAGAAGACAUAGCUUGGCACAACAUCACUGUGAUGGCCUCGGAGGUUGACAACCCCAGCCUUCUCAGCCACGUUCCCGUUACAGUCCAGGUGCUGGACGUGAACGACAAUCCGCCAGAAAUAGCCACAGACGAGGAGGUCAUCGUGUGUGAGAGCUCAAGGCCGGGACAGGUGAUCCAGACCGUCACAGCGGUGGAUAAGGACGACUUUGCCAACGGACAGCGGUUUUCCUUCGCUUUGCCAAGCCUGCUACCAGUUAAUCCCAACUUCACCCUGAAGGACAACGAAGACAGCACAGCCAGCAUCAUUGCCAGGCGGCGGCGUUUCAACCACCUGACCCAGGAUCUGUAUGAACUGCCCAUUGUGGUGUGGGACGGCGGGGAGCCGUCGCUGAGCGGCACCAGCACCCUGACCCUGCGGGUGUGCCCGUGCCAGAGCCACGGCAGGAUCCGGAUGUGCCAAGGCGAGGCGUUCCUCUCCUCGGCGGGUCUCAGCACGGGGGCUCUGAUAGCCAUCCUGCUGUGCAUCGUCAUCCUGCUGGUCAUCGUGGUUCUCUUCAUCACACUGAGGCGGAGCAAGAAAGAGCCCCUUAUUAUCUCCGAGGAGGACAUCCGAGAGAACGUGGUCACCUACGAUGACGAGGGCGGAGGCGAGGAGGACACCGAGGCCUUCGACAUCAUCGCCCUCCGCAACCCGGCCGCCGCCGAGGAGCUCAAGUUCCGACGGGACAUUCGCCCUGAUUCGAGAAAACACUGCGCCCGGCCCCGCAGCCGCCGGACUGCGUCGGUGGAGCUGGACGAGGUGGACGUGCACGAGUUCAUCAAGCAGAGACUGGUGGAGGCCGACAUGGACACCAGCGGGCCGCCCUACGACUCCCUCCAGACCUACGCUUACGAGGGGCAGGGCUCACCCACGGGAUCCAUCAGCCCUUUAGACACUCCCGCCACGCAAUCAGAGCAGGAUUAUAACUACCUGGACAACUGGGGGCCCGAGUUCCAGAAACUGGCAGAACUCUACGCAGAGGCAGACUCGGAUGCGACGACCUAGUCUGUGAUUUCACUGCUGUUCAAACCAAAUCAGUUUGAAGUCCGUUUUUUCAAAUUUCCAGUGAACAAUAUAAACAGAGAUGCUUUCAAACUGUCCCCGGUGGUUUAUAGCUGUUGAACUAAAAUGACUACGCUACAAUUUUUGUUUUGUUUUUAUUUUCAUUCCGUCACUUUGGAUCAUGGGUAAGUGUUAAAUCAGAUUUUGAGAUGGAAGAACGACAAUAUGGGGAAAAGGGAAAAUGAUAUUUUCCUUGGUGUAUAUUUUUUAUUGCUCAAUAAAGUCCUGAAAUCCAUAUGAGUGGAUAUGUGGAAAAAAAAAAAUUGUACAUUUGUCUUCUUCAUCCAAGAAUGGAUAUAGCGUACAGCACGCAGUCAAGAUGAUCAUGGUGGGAGGCAUCGCCAAAGGUGUUUAUGAUUCACUAAGCAGAGGAUGACGCUCAGCCAUCCACAUACACAAUAAUGACACCUACAGUGUUGCAAUGUGUUUUGUGUCAUUUCUUCCAUGUUGACAUUAUCUAUGAAACACACAUUGAAUUCAGCCAUAUUUCUUAACAUAUGCACAUUUUUCCAAGCUUCUGUAACUGAAUAGAGGCAAGGUAACUUCAGCAUUACAUACAUCAGCUAAAGCGACCAGUGGGUAUGAUAUGAAAUACGUUAACCUGUGAUCCUUUCAAAACAUUUUUGCAGCAGACUUUUCUGGAGCCACAGAACCAAGAAAUGCAGCCCUUGGUGUCCCGAAGUUUCCCCAGGAUCUCCCCAGGAUCUCCUCAUGGUCAGCUUUCCAAUUCAUUAGGUGUCUGUGGGUUCCCUUUAUAGGAGCCACUCUCUCUGCAUCGGUUCAUUAAAUUGUCUGUGCGUGAUGCUUUUUGCAAUGGGACCGCUGAGGGAUGUAUACGUACACACUCUUAACAAGGUUACAGAGGAAUUUGUGUGCACCUCUAUACCAAACAGAUUAGUGCAUCAGACUUUACCAGGAAGUAGCACACUUAUUGUCUUACUGUAAUGGCUAAGUCAAGCUACCUUCACACCGCAAGCCAUUAAAAUGUGGAUUAUAUCACAUUACAUCACGUAUCAGAUUCCAGUGUGAACUGCUCACGGUCCUGAACUGAAGUCAGCGUUUACGGUUUCAUUUAUAGGGUGAUGUGCAGUCUCUUGCAUACUGUAUGUCAGGCCAAUGUCCAAGCUCUUUGUUAGAAAAAUAUUACUCGACACCGGGUGUAAAAAUCAUUAAACAGGCAUUUAUUCUUGCAAGAAGGAAACAGAGUUGAAACACAAACAGGUUAUGCGUCAAGUUGCUGCUGAAAGGUCUGUCUCUGGGUAUCUGAUAUAUAUAUAUACUGAGGAUAACACACAAGUGCGUUGGAACACAAUGAUUUGCAUAAAGUCUGGACAUCGUUUGGACCCGUUUCCUUGAUAAUUCUUUCUGUUUAAGGUCAUCUUAUCCUAAUCACAAGACGUCGUGGUUGCAAAUCAGCCUGCGUAAAUACUGACAUGCUCAACAGAUGCAUUAUCCCCUCUUUGACGCCAGGUCACAAGUAGUUAGUAGCCUAAGACAACCAGCUGAAAUACUGAUUUAAGAAAGAUAGCUGUGAUACCUAAUCAAAAAAACAGCUGAGACAGUUUGUGUGAAAAGAGGUUCACACAAAGUUUCACACGAGGGCACAGACCUUAUGGAGGCACAGAACAUUCUUUAGUUUUCCCAACACUCUUUUAGCUCUGUUUUGGUCUCCACCAACUCCUGAUUGAACUGUGUGACUUUUUAGCUCCUAAAUGAUCGACUAUGUUUACAAGCUAGUUGCUAGCUUUGUUUGCCCUCCAUGUCAUCCUGUGAAGGCAGCACCCAGUGGGUUUUCAAAACUUUUUCACUAAAAACAGCAAAGUUUUAGGUUGUAAUAAAAAAACAAUGUGCUGAAAGAUGCUAUAAAGCACAGGUGACAUUAUGUGGUUUCAAGACCUUUUUCAAAUACAGAAAAGAUGAUCCAUUGUUAAUAUAUACUGUAGUUGAAGUAUGGCUUUUUCCAUAAGAGAUCUUGUCUGAGAUGUCCCAUUUAAAGUACCAUCAGUGACAUCUUUGAUAAUACUUUGACAUCAAAUGGAAGGAACAUCACCUUCCUUUACAUCCAUUAGGGAACAAAGAAUGAUCUCACAUUCAUUACGCAAUACUUCUAUGAGACAAGAAAACUAAAACUUCAAAGUGCUGUCAUUUUCUCAACGGGGAGCUAAAGUAGCCAGUUCACCAACAAAAUGGUACGAUUUGCUCUCAUUUUGUGCUAUUAAGGAUUUUUUUAAAACGAGGCCACGUCUGGGAAGUUCAGCAGCUGCCACGAAUGGUGAAUGUCAUUUUGCAACUAGACUCCCCGGUUCUCUGAGUAACAAUGUGCUGGGGCAGUAACACCAGCACUAACGUACAGGACUUGUAUCACUUGUAUGGUGCUUUUGUACAGGGUGAUUAGUUAUCUUCAACCAGCCCUGACUGGCUCCUCUGUGCUGUCAUGCUCUUGUUCAGUGUUGGUUUGCGUCAGAAACGCGGACGAUGGUCGUAAGAAAGACGAAGUGAAGAUGAU